CUGAUAAUACUGUAUUGAUCUUUGAAAAUGACUGUUUAAAUCACAUAACUUUAGCCGUGAAUAUUCACCGUUUAUCAGUCAUUAGUAUUUCAAAUUGCAAACUGAUAAUCGCGCCAACAAAUUUAGCAAUGAAAAAAAUAUUGUGUAUUUUAUUAAUCUCUUGGAAUUUAAUGCAAUGUUAUUCAGCUAAACCCACAUCCUUUGAAUCCAAUAAGGACUAUUUAAAGAGUCAUGAUUUAUGCCAUCAACGACAAAACUAUACUGUCAUGGCUCCUGCGGUAAAUGAUAGCAAAAUGGCUCCCUCCGUACAAUUGCUGAAAAUGACUUUAUUUUACCUUGAGGAUUCAGCUAUAACUUAUAACCGAAAAGCCAAAAGCGUUAGUGAACAUUUGAUUAAGGAGCCAGCUAUAAAUGAAAAUCACUCAGAGGAGGUGCACAAUUUCAAGGAAAGAAUAGAAAAUUUUCUUGAAAUUUAUGCAGACUGCAAUGGAAUGGAAGAAUUAUUUGAUUUAAUGGAUUUAUAUGCAUCAAUCACCUUAGAAUAUUAUAAAUUGGAGAAGGAGAAGAACCUUACUGUAGAUGGCAAAAUCAUUUUAGAUGUUCUCAAGAAAUAUGACUGUGAAACUCUGAACGAGGAAUAUAUAAGCAACAUCUAUGUCUUCACUACCCAUUUUGCUAAGAAAUUCGAUGACAUUGAAGAGGACUUGAAGAAUGAAGAGGGUGAACUUCCCGGUAAAAUUAUACAAUGGUGGAAUACGGCCAAGAAUGUUAAGGUUUAUCAGGAUAAAUUUCUAGAGUUGAUUAAAUUUUUGAAAUUAUAUAAAGAAAACAAGUUCGAGUGUCAAAAUCAGCUGUGCGAAAUCUUUAGUAGCGUUAAGGUUUAACCUAAUGUUCAAACAGUUUUCAAUAAAAUAUUUUAAAGUGUGUAAAAAUACA